GCCUGUUAUCUUCUCCCACACCCACAACAGAGACGGCCUGUGUUACUUACUGGUGUGUGUGUCUGGUUCACCGUCAGAGGGGAAGGAUCAAAGGUCACAGCAGGUCGGGCGCCAGAGGUUAGGAGUCAUGUCUGCCGUGGCGUUCCAGGACCUUCCUCUCAACAUCUACAUGGUCAUCUUCGGGACCGGAGUCUUCGUCUUCGUCCUCAGCCUCAUCUUCUGCUGCUACUUCAUCAGUAAACUGAGGUACCAGGCCCAGCGAGAGAGGUUUGGAUACAAAGCGGUGGUAUUCAAAGGGGAUACAAAGAAACUGAAUCUACACGGGCAGACAUGUGCAGUGUGCUUGGAGGACUUCAGAGUGAAAGAUGAGCUAGGAGUGUUGCCAUGCCAACAUGCCUUUCACCGGAGUUGCCUGGUGAAGUGGCUGGAGGUGCGCUGUGUGUGUCCCAUGUGUAACAAGCCCAUCACUGGACCAUCUGAACAUCGCCACAGCCUGGGCACACUACUGGAAGAACUGGUGUAGCGCGUUGCUAUGGCGAUACAGUUGGAACGGACUGGUGUAACAUGUCGCUAUGACGAUGCAGCUGGAACAGACUGGUGUAGCAAGUUGCUAUGACAACACAGCUGGAAUAGACUGAUGUAACAUGUUGCUAUGAUGAUAUGACUGGAACAGGCUGGUUUAGGGGUCCCGGGACAGACUAUACGUCUUUAAAGUGAAUUAACGGGACAAACUGUUCAUAGGGUCCAGGGACAAAACCACAUGUAACCAUAACAAUGGAGAACAAAGAUUCAGAUUUCAGACCCUCAUGUAUUGAUAACAAGACGGUACACAGAGCAUUAUGGGUACUGUAGUAUAUCAUACUACACCUUAUCAAGUGGAAUCAGUCAUUUAAUGACUGACUGCCCAAACCUCUUCAGUGCUCACUCCACCAGUCUCAGGAAUGAGGGCAGGAAGAAAGGAUUCACAAAGCCAAACUCUGGGACUAAAACUCCCCUCUCAACCCUCAGUCACUGACUGGAAGAGUACCUGUUGACAAUGACCCAAAACACACUGCCAAGGCAACAAAGGAGUGGCUCAAGAAGAAGCACAUUAAGGUC